AUCUAAAACCUUCACUCACACCGCACUAUUCCUAACCUCAAAAAUAAAACAGUGUUGAUACGAAAUUUUAAAAUACAUUUAUUGUUCUAUUUAUGGAACUAAAACAUUACAUAACACUUGGUAAAGAUAGAUUAGCGCUGCUAUCUCGUGAUAAAAUACUGUUCAACCAUAAACAAAACAUAAAAAUAGUGAAAUAUCCACACUUGCCUAAUGUGGUGCAACUAUCUACUCCGGACAAUAAUAUCUAUUCGAUUAGGUGAUAAACUAAAUACCAGAUAGUGUUUGGUGCAUUAAAAUGUAGAAAAUCAGUGCUUACGUGAACUACGUUCUACAAUGUUGGUAAUUAUUCUGGGCAUCAUUUUGGGUGCUUUGAUUUACUACAGAGUACACAAACCCACCACCUUCUGGAAAGAAAGAGGCGUCGUUCACGAACCAGCAUGGCCCAUUAUAGGAAACACGGGGGCAUUCCUUAUGAAGAAGAAGCAUUUUUCGCAGAUAACCACCGACUUGUACAACAAAUUUCCCAACCAUAGAUACGUCGGCUACCUCCAGUUCGGUACCCCAGUCCUCCUAAUCAGAGACUUAGACCUGAUCAAACAAAUCGGCGUCAAAGACUUCGACAACUUCCACGACCACUUGACUUUCGCCACCAAACAACCCGAUCCACUGACAUCCAAAAGUCUCCUUAGUCUAGUAGGGGACGAAUGGAAGCAAAUGCGGGCCACACUAAGUCCCGCCUUCACCAGCAGCAAAAUGAAAAACAUGUACCAGUUGAUGACAGAAUGCGCCGAAAACUUCACCCACCACUUCAAAAACAAAGAACAAGUGGCCGUUGAAAUGAAAGACCUGUUUUCGAGAUUCACGAACGACGUUAUUGCCACUACGGCGUUCGGGAUUCAAGUGAACAGCGUCCAAGACCCCAAACACGAGUUCUACGAAAUGGCGAAACAGAUCACCAAAUUCGGGGGACUGCAGUCGUUGAAGGUGUUUUUGUUCCAAAUGGUACCGCGAGUCGCAAAAAUGUUGAAUAUUAAGUUAAUGCGUCAAGACGCCACCAGCUUUUUCCGGUCUAUCAUCAUGACCAACAUUGACAAACGGGUUAAAGAGAAAAUUUUUAGACCGGAUAUGAUCCACUUGCUUAUGGAAGCGCAGAAAGGGAAGCUGAAGCAUGACAGUGAUGUUGUAGGAGUGAAGGAGGGUUUUGCAACCGUGGAGGAGUCCCACAUUGGUAAAAACACCCAACGCAUGGAACUAACAGACGACCACAUUGUUGCCCAAGCUCUUCUCUUUUUCUUUGCGGGGUUUGAAACGGUUUCGAACGUGUCGAGUUUCAUGGCGCACGAGUUGGCCGUGAAUCCCGACGUGCAGAAGAAGCUUCAGGAGGAAAUUGAUGACGCUAGACAAAAACACGGAGGGAAAGUACCUUACGAAGCUCUACUUUCGAUGAAGUACCUAGACCAAGUUGUGUCAGAAACUCUAAGGUUGUGGCCCCCUGCCUUCCAAACCGAUAGGUGCUGCAAUAGGGAUUAUACCAUACAAGCAAAAAAUCCAAAUGAGGACACACUUAUAGUUGAAAAAUACAUGAUGACUGUAAUACCAAUCUUGGCAAUACAUCGGGAUCCUCAGUACUAUCCAGAGCCUGAACGGUUUGAUCCAGAAAGGUUCAAUGACGAAUAUAAACCAAAAAUUGUGCCUGGUACUUAUAUGCCGUUUGGUAUAGGUCCCAGAAAUUGCAUCGGUUCUAGGUUUGCUCUUCUUGAAGUGAAGACACUAUUUUUUCACUUAUUGUCGAAGUUCGAUUUGGUACCCACAGAGAAAACUGAAAUACCACUACGACUCAGUCCAAAGAAGGCCACCAUGGCUCCUGAAACUGGGUUCCAUUUGGGUUUGAAGCCAAGAAAAUUUGUGCAGCUUUAAUAAAAAAUUUGAUAGUUAUUAUACCACUGUAAACAUGUACGGCCACCUUUAAUUACACCUAACCAUUUCUAACAUCAUAAAAUAGUACUCAUAUAGGCAUAGUACUUUAAUAAAUACAAGUUUCUCCGUA